GUUUUACAAUUGCAUGCAGUCAUAGCCCCUCAGUUACACAGACUGCAAUACGAGGCCCGACGUCCUGCAGCACACAACGUCCCAUGGUUGUCCGGAAUGCAGAGAGACGCCCCUGACAGCUAGUGCUUAAUGAAACACAAUCACCAGACAUUGGAAAAAUAAACAAUGGCCACAUCAAGUGAUCGCGAUAUCCAUGUCCUGUUUGAAGAAGAUGAGGAAUAUGACUUUGAGCUGGCACAACGCCGCAUGGAGGCUGAGAGAGCUGCUAGGGAGGAAGAAGCGUUCCAAAGGAACACCCUGAAUCUGGACAUUCCCCCACUUCCAAAUGGAAAAACGCACCAUCUUUUCAUUUCCCAUUGUAAUGAUCCUCCGGAAGAAGCGGAAUGGGCAGAGCAACUGGUCAACACCAUGGAGCGAGACUUUGGCUUGAAAUGCCUUUGGCCAAAACGAGACUUUACCCCCGGCCAUGAUGUUGGAGCCUUGAUACAGAGUGGAAUCGUGUCUUCUGUGAAGGUUGUCUUCAUUCUUUCUCCUGCUUCCAUGGAAAGCCGAUGGUGCGAAUAUGAACGGAAUUUUGCGUUUGGCAUUUCUGUUGAGAAUAAGGAAAAUCAGAUAAUUCCUGUAAUGUUAAGCCAAUGCGACUUUCCAGGCAUCCUGAAGACCCUGAAUUAUAUUGAUGUACCUGCCGGAGAGGACUAUGCAUUCAAAAUUCGGCGAUGCUUUGACGAAGACACACGAGAUUUUGAACAUCUUGUUCCGGAAAUGAUGAAAUACUGGAAAAACGAAAAAGGGGCAGCAAAUGGAACUGUUACUAAGAUCAUUGGGGAGAAAAAUUUGAAAUCCACUUGUAGAGGGCCUGCGUAUUCUUUUCGAGAUCUCGACCAGCACCAACGUUACGAGCUUCGCCAACUUGGAAGCAAGUUCGCUGAAAGAGUAUAUUAUGAAGCAAAGGAUAUUGCCAACACCUCUGCCUGUAUGAAGUACUAUUCCACCAUCCACUCCUUUCGUCACUGUUGCGGCAUUUGCUGUUGCGGCACAACAUUCUGCAUUUUGCUGAUGCUGCUAAUUAUCUGCAUAAUGGUAGCAUCAGAUAAGAAAAUGUUGAAUAGUGACUUUCUUUCAGCUCUUGUUCUAGUCAUACCUCUCCUCGGAGCAGGUUUGGUCUAUGUUGCACAUGUGCAGAUGUUAAAGAGAUUGAAAGCUCGAAUACAAGCAUAUUCCCUGAGGCAUGUUUUAAGAACCAAUAUCCUCAUCAACUAUGAAUCAAGCCGCUGGAGACCGACCUUGGAGGUCAUGUUUUAUGACUUACAACCAUGUAUGAAAUACCUAUGUGACAUCAUUUACGAGUCACGUGACGCUGGUGAAGCUGUCCCGGACAGAGACAGAGAGUUUCAGGAUAGAGCACGAAACACUGGAAAACACCAAAUACUCUCUUGCAUUGAAAGGAAUUAUGACGAUCUAUUUGGGGACAGAUUUGUAACAAGUGUCGUAAACAGGCAUCCCACAUUUCACAAGAAGAAAUGCAUCUGCGAAAUGCUAGAAAAAGAGGUGUUGCAAAUGUGUCAAAACCAAAUAUGAACCCAAUUUAUGUAUGAUUCUGGUGAACACUUGUCUCAAGUAGACACAAAUCUCCAUAUGCAUCAAUAUUAUUUUAUUACCGUCACCUUAUUUGACAGUUCUGCAACAAAGCUGGCACAAUAAAAUUGGCAAAAAAUCCACAAGAGUGCCCUUAGAUUUGAUUGUGUGAUGGUGAUUGUAACAGCUCACUUCCCAGUCGAUUAUCUAUGUCUGGUGCUACUUUUCUUCAUAUAAAUCGUUAAAGGACAUGGCUCGGGAAGUAAUUCAACAUCAUUUCCCCAAGCUACAUUCAAAACUUAAUAACCUUAAAACAAACCACCUAUUUCCUCAGGCAGGCAGUAUUAAAACGACGGAGAUCCCCCGGGUUAAAUCAUCAAAGCUUGGGUUAAAGUCAUGUUCAUAUGAAGCUCCUCGGGUCUGGCAUUUGUGCCGAAUGAGUUCCGAAAAUCAUAAUCAUACAAAGAUUUCUGCAGACUGCCCCAGAAUACGAAAGCCUAAUGGUGCCACUUUUGUUGCAUGUAUAUUUGUUUUAAAUUGAAAUUUCUCGUUAUUUCAAGAAUUUGUACAUUUUCUCGAAAUUUCGAGGUUUUUACUCCUUUUGUAUCGAUCAUAUUUUCGUUAUUUCAAGUCAACUUCAAGAACUCGAAAUUUCGAUUUUCUCUCUUUGCUUCAAUUAUUUUAUUAUUAUUUCAAUUAUUUCUCGUUGCUUCGAGUUUUUUCUCGUAAUUGCGAUUAUUUUCUCGUAAUUGCGAUUAUUUUCUCGUAAUUGCGAUUAUUUUCUCAUAAUUGCGAUUAUCUUGUUAUUUCAAGUUUAUUUAAAAUACUCAAAAUUUAGAUUUUUUUCUCGUUGCUUCAGUUAUUUUCUCGUUGCUUCGAUUUCUCUCUCUCGUAUAUUUCAAUUAUUUUCUCGUUAUUUGAAAAACUUGAAGUUUUGAGGUUUUUGUCGGUACUUCUAUUACUUUCUCUUCAUUUCAAUUACUUUUUAGUUGCUUCGGCUUUCUUCUCGUUUCUUCGACUAUUUUCUCGUAAUUUCGAUUAUUUUCUCGUAAUUGCGAUUAUCUUGUUUUUUCAAGUUUAUUUUCAAGUUUAUUCAAUUAUUAUAUAUUCUACUUAUUUCAUCUAUUUUCUCGUUGCUUUGAGAUUUUUCUCAUUAGUUCGAUUAUUUUCUCGUAGUUGCGAUUAUUAUCUUGAUCUUGAAAAUCGUACCAUAUUUCUUCAGCAAACUUAGCACAUAAUGUGAUCUCGCAGUAUUGAAUACAUUUCCUUUCUUGUUGGUAAGUUCUGCAUUGCUUGUGUGUAUGUUCCUCUAAAAGUGUCAUGGACACAGUGUUUGCAUUCACUUACUAACUUCAUGCAGAAACACAACUCAUUACAAUACAACAGUGUAACUGAUCUUAAACCUACUCAACUGUAUAAACACAAUCUCCUAUCCUGUAUAUAUUCUUGUCAGCCAUACGGGGCGUUCGGGUAGGCUAGUGGUGGAUUAGCUUUAUAUUCAGUAGGAGCCUGGGAGUAUUUGUAACGUACAACACCCAGUAUUAGCAGCUCUGUUAGUUUUCAACUCUGUUGUACAGCAUGAUUGUGAUUUAAGUUUUUUUAAAGUUGUUUUAGUCAUGUUAACACAUUUCUUGGCGAGUGUCUUGUUUAACCCCGCGUUCAGCAAUAUCCCAGCUAUUUACAUCAAACUAACGUCUCGUCUCACGCCGUGUGGAUAUUAUGAUACAUGAUCAACAACGUUAUCGGGCUUAAAAACCCGAUCCAUUAAGUCGCCCGUUACGACCAGUAUAGGUUUCCGAAGACAUAUUUUAUCCCGAAAUCUCCACGAGGACAAUGAGUUGUAUUUUUAGAUGUAAAAGUUAUCUGUACUGUUGAUCUAUAACUCAAAUAUCUUUCAUUAUCUGCCAUUAAAUUAAUUUUCUUUGCAUUGUUUAUGUGAUAUUGCUUCUCAAAUAAAGAGUUUCAUUGAACUGAA